AUUCUUCUAACCCUCAUCAUCUAUCCCAUAUUCUCAAGACUGCCGGCCCACUCUUUCAGAGGUUGUUACUCUGUCAUUUCCGGCCAUGCAAUGGGCAUGGAAUAUUGGAAUGGAAGGGAAGGGAUAUCUUCCCAACCAAUGGGUCGAACCCUCCGCCCCACAAUCAAUGGGUGUAAUGGGUACAUGAAACACCAAAUGGUGAUCCCUACUAUAUACACUGACAUUAGAGGCCGUAUGAUCCAGUCAAAUCAGUAUUCCGGGACAGAGCAUUUUUGGAGUUCCGAAUCGGGUUACUUUUUUCAGUCUCUUCCUGGAAUUUUCUUCUUUUAUGACAUUUCUCCAGUUAAGGUGGUCCCUACUAUAUACACUGACAUUAGAGGCCGUAUGAUCCAGUCAAAUCAGUAUUCCGUGACACAGCAUUUUUGGAGUUCCGAAUCGGGUUACUUUUUUCAGUCUCUUCCUGGAAUUUUCUUCUUUUAUGACAUUUCUCCAGUUAAGGUGACUUUCAAGGAGGAGCAUGUUCCUUUUUUACACUUUUUGACCAAUAUUUCUGCAAUAAUUGGGGGUAUUUUCACAGUUGCGGGAAUAAUAGAUUCAUUCAUCUAUCAUGCAUGGUCAAAAAGUGAUCAAGAAAAAAAUGUAGACUGGCAAAUAUUGCCAAUGUUGUUGCCAUUCUGCACGUGUUGCUCCAAUAUUCUGGUUGAUUUUCUGCAGGAGAAAAUUGUUGGGUAGGGAAAUCAUUGAAUCAUUUUCUUAUGAGGAUUAUUAAUUGAAGUUGUAAUUAUUAAAUUCAUGUGACUUAUUUCUUCGCGGAAUGAAUUGUGUCAAAAUUCUUA